AUGCUGAUAGCAUCGUCGUCUUCCGGAGGGGGAAGGGGGGGAGUCCACUGGUCAACGCGGGCAGGCGGGCAGCCAGCACGUGGGGGAUUCAGAUGUCAAUCCCCAAAGCCCCGACGCACGUGA